AUGGCCUCCAAGAACGCCCUGCUCGUCCGCCUCAUCCUGCUCCUCCUCGCGUCCGUCGCCUCGACCUCCUCCUCGUCCAACUCCGGCAAUGCCGAGACGGACGCGCUGAUGGAGAUCAAGGCGGCGCUGGACCCGUCGGGGCGCGCGCCGGCGCUGGCGUCGUGGUCCCGCGGCGGGGACCCGUGCGGCCGCGGGGACUACUUCGAGGGCGUCUCCUGCGACUCUCGGGGGAGGGUUUCCGUCGUCUCCCUGCAGGGGAGGCGGCUCUCCGGGAGCGUCUCGCCCGCGGUGGCGAUGCUCCCGGGACUCACCGGGCUGUACCUACACUACAACGAGCUGGGCGGGGCGAUCCCUCGCGAGCUGGGCGACCUCCCCGACCUCGCGGAGCUCUACCUCGGCGUCAACAACCUGUCCGGGGGCAUCCCCAUCGAGCUCGGCCGCCUCCAUCGCCUCCAAGUGCUGCAGCUGGGCUACAACCAGCUCUCAGGGAGCAUCCCAACUCAGCUGGGUGAGCUCAAGAAGCUCACUGUUCUUGCCGUUCAGUCCAACCAACUCACCGGGGCGAUACCGGCGUCUCUAGGGGACUUGCCGGAGCUGACACGUCUGGACUUGAGCUCCAAUCACCUGUUUGGCUCCAUCCCUUCCAAGCUUGCCGGUAUCCCACAGAUUGCAACAUUGGACCUCCGAAACAAUACACUUUCAGGAAGUGUUCCUUCUGGUCUGAAGAAAUUGGGUCACGGGUUUAAGUUUGACAACAAUUUAGAGCUCUGCGGGUCUCAUUUUGAUACUCUGAAAGCCUGUCCUAACGAUGAGAACGUCGAUGAUCAAAUGCCGCAUAAACCCGAAUCAACCUCCAUCAAACCACAGCAAACUCCACAAAAUACCAGUCAAAACAGAAAUUGCGACAACGGCGCAUGCUCGAGGUCAUCGACACUCUCUUCGGGAGCUGUUCUUGCCGGAACAAUCAUUAUUAUAGCUGGUGUGGCGGCUUGUGGUCUAUCUGUCUUCUCGUGGCACCGCCGGCAGAAGCAGAAGGUUGGUUGCUCUGUGGAGAGCUUGAAAGGCAGGCCUAGUUUGGAGCAAUCAAAGGAAACAUAUCAGAAGAGUGCCUCCUCACUUAUCAAUGUUGAGUAUUCCAGUGGCUGGGACACUUCGUCGGAGGGAUCACAGCACGGAGUAAGGCUAUCGCCGGAGGGGUCCCCGAGUGUGAGGUUCAAUCUAGAAGAGGUGGAGUGCGCGACGCAGUACUUCUCGGACAUCAAUGUGCUUGGCAAGAGCACCUUUGCGGCGACACAUAGAGGGAUAAUGCGGGAUGGCUCGGUCGUCGCCGUCAAGAGCAUCAACAAGAGCAGCUGUAAGUCGGAGGAGGCCGACUUCUUGAAAGGGCUCCGCAUGCUUACAUCGCUGCGGCAUGAGAACCUUGUUGGCUUAAGGGGUUUCUGCCGCUCCCGUGCUAGAGGGGAGUGCUUCCUCGUCUAUGAGUUCAUGGCGAACGGUAGCCUUUCCCGGUAUUUGGAUAUCAAGGACGGAGACGCCGAGACGAGGAUCCUCGACUGGCCAACUCGGGUCUCCAUCAUCAGCGGCAUUGCCAAAGGAAUCGAGUACCUGCACAGCAGCAAACCGAGCAAGCCCCCUCUUGUCCACCAGAACAUCUCGGCAGACAAGGUGCUCCUGGACCACCUGUUGGUGCCCCGCCUCUCUGGCUCCGGCGUGCACAAGCUGCUGGCCGACGACGUGGUCUUCUCCACGCUCAAGGGCAGCGCUGCCAUGGGUUACCUGGCGCCGGAGUACACGACCACCGGCCGGUUCACGGACAAGAGCGACGUGUACGCUUUCGGGGUGGUCGUGUUCCAGGUGCUCACAGGCAAGAAGGCGGUCUCGCAGCACCUCCUCCGCUGCCCCGUGGGCGACGCGGAGCCCGGCGGUGCCGCCAAGCUCGACGACCUCGUGGACCCCCGCCUCGGGGCCAGGUUCUCGAGGCCCGAGGCUGCGAAGCUGGCCGGGAUCGCGCUGCUGUGCACCAGCGAGGCGCCUGGCCAGCGCCCCGCCAUGGCCACUGUGCUACAGCAGCUCGGCGCCCCCCAGUAA